CAUUCCGUCACCCACCUCCGCGAUUGGCCGGCGAGCCUGCAAAGGCUUCGAACAGCGUUCGAAUUUUUAAAUUUAGAAAGUUUUGCUCAGUGUUUGUGAUUGUUUGGUACGAGGCAUAAUGUCGGCAGUGUUGUAAGAUCAACCAUGUCGAGUCUAGCGUGUGUCCUAGCGGUGGCGGGUGCCGCAACCGCCCAGCUGACUCUGGAUGGCAUCCGAUGUGGCCAGCUGCUGUGCCAGCUUGAAGAGUACUGCUCUCCUGACACCAACCGCUGUGCACCCUGCAACAUCGUUUGCAACAAGACCAGCCAUAACUUCGAUGCUGGAUUGUGCAUCAAAGAAUGUCAAGGCUACCUCCUCGACCAGAGGUACAUGCGGAGGUCAGAAGAUUCUCACCCCACUGGAGAUUUAAGCGGUGUGCAGCGUCAAGCGCAGACCGCUCUCAUCAUCAGCGGGGUGGCUCUGGCCAUCUUGGUGCUCAUUCUGAUCAUCGUCUGUCGAGGAAAGUUCUCUUGGCGAUACCUCAAGCAAAAAUUUCAGCCGGCUAAGAACCGCGUGAAGCAGUAUCCAAACGAUUUGACGCACCACAACCCUCACGCUGAAAUGCCCAAACCGAAACACGAACUCAAACUGGAGAUACGGAACCCCGAACCUGCGAAACGACCUCAACAGCCUCUGAACGCACGAGACCUGGAGACCAGGACAUCACAGACGGAGAAGAGUCAAGGAGCCACAACACCUAAGACGAUCAGCACAGCGCUUAGUAACCGACACCCAGCCGAAGAUACUACAUUAGAUUUUUCGUACGAUAAUAUGGGAAUGAACGUCACACCGCCGGAACAGCCCGCUACCAGCCACAAGUUCUGAGGUCCGGCGGUCAGCUUCGGAGGCGAAACGGUCAGGUUCAUACAGGUCACAAGUAGCCUCAGCACCGCCACCUCAGAAGGAUAAACUUCUAAGUUUAUUGCAUCUGCCUUUACCCAAUUUUACAACGCUCCAACGUUCCAGGCUUAUUAAAUAAGCAUGCAGGUAACGUGGGUUUUACGGAGUUUUGCUCUAAAGAAUGUACUGCUGUCCAUACAGUUUUUUUAUUGGCUGAAAGGGCAUUUCCCUAACGUGUGGUCUCUACGGUACGAAUUUUAUCUAUGACUAAUCUGGUUAUGAUUCAUAUUUUAUGUAAUUCACGUAUAUUGUUGUCGUAUUAAGCGCCGUAGGGGAAUAUGUGACAUUUAAUUAGCAAUAGGACUCUAAAUAACAUUGAAGCACACACUUAACAAUAGACAGCACGUUUUAAACGUAAGUUUUGAAUAAUAUACUAUUCAUAUUUUUGUAGUGUCUGUAAAAAUAUCCAGGCAUCGAAUUUGAACUAAUUAAUAGCAAUUUUUCUGAUAUCGAUUUAUGAAAAUAUGGUAUUUUACAAGUAAGUAAUGUAUAUCGAUAUUAUAUUCAAUAUGUUAUUUAAUGAAAAAUGUGCACUCUUUACAGAUUCAUAAUAACAUCAAUUGAUUUAAAAUACGACCAACUUAAUAAUAUAAUCUCAUGUACCUUUAAGACAUAGUACUUAAGAUCAAUAAUAUUUGUAUAACAUAUAUGUAUAUUUAUUUAAAAAAUCUGUAAGAAUAACACCAACAUUCAUAGUUAUAACAAGAAUUAUUUAUAAGACAAGUAGACCCUUUUGGUGCAGCUAAAAUUUAAUAUACCAUUAUGUAAAUAUGAAGCGAAGUUAGUUUAAGAUCAAAUGCAUAACAAUUUAGUAAUAAUAUUACGAAAUUAUAACUUCAGUAGGAUUAUCCGUAUGAAAUUAUAAUUGUGCUUUACGUAGUACAAAUUCAGAAUAUUAGAAAAUUAAAUUUUGAUCGUAGUAGAGCGGAUAAAUUAUAAGAUUAGGUAAUCCGGUGUAAUAUGGAGGAUUAAAAAUAUAUUAUGCCCGAAUAGUAUUAAACCAUCUGUUAAAUUACUUAUAAAGUAUAUGUCACCGGAAAAUAACAAGAUCCGUUAGUUUAUCAAUUUACUAGGAAGUUUAUAAACUUUCGUAAGAUUCUAAACGGGAGAUAAAUUGUAAUAUUUUACGUCCACAUUUUCGUAAAUUUAUCAAUUUCCGGCGUCAUACGGCAAAUUUAUAAACUAACGAAUAUCUAUUCGUAAGAUUUUAUAUGGUUCGACCAAUCACAGAAACUCUUUUAAAUAUACGAUCUUUGAAAUACGUAAAAUAACACACUUCUCUCUGAUUGGUCAAUGUUCAUAGUGGCAAUGCUUGUGUCCAUAGGGCGGCCGCGAGGAAGGAGAAGUGACACGUGACAGCCAAUCAAUCAGAUCGCGCGUAGCGUUUGGUUACUGCUUACUUAUUAUUUUACGAGUAAGUUCAGUAAGUUUAUCAAAUUACAAAAAUGUGGACGUAAAAUAUUACAAUUUAUCUCCCGUUUAGAAUCUUACGAAAGUUUAUAAACUUCAUAGUAAAUUGAUAAACUUAUGGAUCUUGUUAUUUUCCGGUGACAUAUAUACAAUAUACAUGUGUCUAUAUUAUAAACAAUAUUGUUAGCUUCUGCGUAAAACAUAAAAUUUUAAAUGUCUAGACUUUUUAUGUAUUUCUUGUAACAUAUUUUGGCAACCGCCGUUCCAUUUACUGUCACAAAAGAAUAAACAAAGAAAAUUGAUGGACAUUACAGAGCUACCAGUUUCAUAAUUUAAUUAAUUAUUUACGAUAUGAACGUGUAUUCGUUUAGCAAUAAUUCCUGUACACAUAUGUAUUGUAUAUUGUAGAUAAAUGAUUGGAUUCACGGGGCCGAAGCCAGGCUCGAUUGAUGAACAUUCACAAAACAUUACUUGCGAGCGGGAAUUUCAUUUUCCUGCAGAAUAAUAUAAUGCGCUGCAUAGCGAAACAUUUUGAUGGCACUAAUUAAUGCUGCACCGCGUUUUACAAUUCAAUGGGCAAGGUGGUCUCGCUUAAUGGAGAUACAAUGAAAAACAACCUUAAUUGAUAGUGGUUUACACUUUCAAAAGAUACCAAUACAAUGGUAUAGUACACUUUAAUAAUGAUACAAUUAUAAUUUUAUGACACGUCCAUGUUGCGGGAAAUGAGACCUGUUAUGAUGCAAUUUUAAUUUACUGUACAAAAGUUGUUAAUUUGCAUUCUUAAUAAAAAAAAAAUCGAGACAUAAUUUGGUCGAGUCUGGUGAUUUCUCAUUCCACUAUAAGAAUACUAUGUUAAUCUAUAUUAAUUAAGUAUAUAUAAUUAAGAUACUUAUAGUAUGCUUAUAUUAUUGUAAUUUAAUUAUGUUGUAUAUUUUCGAGUUCGACUCGGGUUAAAUAAAUAUUCAGCAUGGCUGAGGUAGUUUUUUAUUUAUGUUAAGUGUAUGUUAUAUGUUGGUGUCGGGCGAAUACUGUUACAUAUCUAAAUUAACUUCGCGAUAGUUGCAUGUUGUUGAGACGUUUUAUGAUUAACAGACGUUGGUAGUGAAGUCGUGAGCUGUGUGGUGUACCUACAGGAAUACAAGCAUGCUUGGCAAGUUAAAGCCGCCGUUGUAAACUACGUCGACACUAGCAGGCUUACGACUAACUACAGUGUACUCAACAAUAUUAUCCCUCAACCUCGUGUGUGCUUCAAAUUAUUUUAAACAAUACGAAUUAGUACUACAGUAUCUCGCAAAACACAUUGUGUGGACAAACUGUCUUGUGGAUUUUCUUAAUGUUGUAUGUACUUGUAACGGUCUUUUGCAAAUAUUCGCCUUACCGGGUACACCUAUGCAGGUUGGUAUUGUGAAGCGGUGGCAUACUUUCUAUCUAGCUCUGGCCCCCUGCAUAGGUUUAUACGGUAGGUAUUCCAAUAUGUGUUCCAGUUAUCCUUUGUUGGCUUCACUGGUCUGCUUGGUAACAAUACCUGAGACCCCAGCUCGUACCGUUGACAUAAUGGAAUUAUUUAAAAAUAGAUGUUUUAUUUCGCGAAAGCGGGUCAGCUGUGCUUGUGUGUGUCAAAUGUGUAUGCGCAUUGACUUUGUAUGUGCUGCUCGGGAGAUAGGGAGUGCUCAGCAGUGGUCGAGACGUGUACCCACACAAAGACAAUAUGCGUGUACAUUUACACACACAAGUAUGGCUUAACCGCUUUCCUGAACUAAAUAAUUGUUAUUACUCUGAUUAUUAUGUGUGAUGUUAUUAUUGUGAAGUGAAUGUAUGUACUGCUUUUAUUGUUCGUUUUAAAUAAUGAUAUUAUAGCAACGCAUAUAAGCUCACCAAAAGACGUAUGUUUAGUAUGAAAGAGAUAUACAAUUUCUCAUAUUAGGUAUAUUAAAAUUGGUAAAUUGUAGGGUUAAAGUUAAACUGUUAAUAAUUACAAUUAUUGUUAAUUACAGUUACAUGAAAUUAGCAACAAAUUGAUUGCUUUUGUUUAGGAUUUAAAGUUGGAGGAGUUAAUUAUUUAGUUUCGAUAUUGUUUUGUUAUUUCAAGCAUUCCCUUAGUGCCUUUUUAUUUAGUGUUAGCUAGCUUACCUACUACUAAGUCAAAUUACAUCAGAUAGAUUUAGUAAAUUAAUAUUCUUUAUUACAUUAGAGAGUAAUCUUAGGUAUAAAAAGUCGCAAUUCAGAAAAAAAUAUUAAUAACUAGCCGUCUUCCCGCGGUUUUACCCGCGUCCCGUGGUAACUACUACCCGUACCGGGAUAAAAUAUAGCCUAUGUUACUCGUGGAUAAUGUAGCUUUCGAAUGGUGAAAGAAUUUUUUAAAAUGGUCCAGUAGUUUUUGAGCCUAUUCAUAACAACCAAACAAACAAACAAACAAAAUUUUCCUCUUUAUAAUAUUAGUAUAGAUAACCAAAUCUCGAAAAAUUCUUUUAUGAUAUUGUCCCAUUAACGUAAGAAGAACUUCUUGGUUUUUUAUUAUUUUAAAGUAACUCAAAAAGUAACCGAAACGCAAAUUGAAUAUCCUACGUAUGAACUUUCUUUUUUGAAUAUCUGAAUAAAACUAUUAAAACAACAUGGGUAUUCAAGUUGCCUUUGUGGUUUCAUAUGCCAGCCAAACCUUCAACAUCGAAAGUAUUUGCUUUAAAAAUAAUAAUCACCAAGAAGUUUGUUUUUAAAAUAUUGAAAUUACAAUUUAUUCGUCAAACAUAUUAUAUAAAAAUGUAGUAUUUCAGAAAUAUAAAGUAAUCUCAGAAAAUAUCAUAAACAUUCAUUAUUUGAAUUUUAAAACAGUAUUUUCUUAAUUAAUAUCACAUCCAGAUCUAAAGAGGGUUAACUAAAAAAAAAAACACUUUUUUUUUGAAAAAAAAAAGAAAAAACAAAAAACGAAAAGCAGAUUGUAGUAAUCUGUGGUAGAAGUUCUGUAUAGCAAAAUAUUUUUUUCGACGCAGCUAGAACAUAUUUUUUAAAUCUGUUUUGUUGGUUGGCCGAUGGGUAUUCGUUGAGGGAUUUCAAAUAUUCUCAAAAAACUGGACUACCCCUUUAGAUUUAGGAGUGAGAUAUUGCUUUUCAUUUAUUGCAUUAUCACGUUACUACAUUUAGGUAAGACAUCACGAUAUAUUAGUAUCAUUGACAUUGUUUAAGAAAUACUUUGUCAGUAAAAGUAAAUGUAUUUACUAGGCUAGUAUUUAAUGCUACUUCGAAAUCAUGAAGCUACCUUAUACUUUAUUACCAUGAGAACUUUACUAACUUAACUAUAAACAUUGCCUAAAAUUAUUUGUAUGCAGGAUCCGACUAUAAAAUAUUAAUUCUAUUGACUAUCGAGAGGCAUUACGGAGAUUGAGCACUUACCAGUGCCUAUUAAGCCUUGCUCCAAAACUCCAUCGGCAAAUUGCCUAAAUCUGUUUGGAGAACUGUUUUGAUAUUUCACGUUGAACCGGCUUUGUGCUCUUUGAGCUAUUACCGCAAUACAAAUGCGCUAGGAUUGCCUGAUUCAAAUCCAUGGAGAAUAAAUGACUAGCGGACGAGCCAUAACAGAAAAUGUCCUAAGAAAGAAACGCGCCAGAAUGCCAGCGUGCGGGGGGCGAGGAAAUAUACUAUGCGCUCUUAUACGCCUUUUUUGGACCUGACCUUUUUUUGUAACACGAAAAAUCAUUGACUCAUGGCUCAAAGUUCACUGAUCGUUUUGGUUAUACUCAGAGUACCUGCUUGACCCAGAAGAAGGCGCCUGACCUACCUGCAUUGUGACGUCUCCGCUUAUGUAUACUUAUUCCAUGUUCAAAUCCUAGACCGGAUUAUCGUGUUAUAAUACCUACAUGGCAAUUUGUGCUUGCAUCAUUACGGAGAAACAUCUUUCCCCCGACAAUUUCUGAGUGUACUUAUAAUUCAAGAACUGCUGUUUGUAUUACCAGAUAAUAUUUUGGUAUUGUUACCGUAAUACGGAAAGGAUUUAGCUUGAAUUUUAGUUUUGUGGCAUAACUAGACAUUUUAUUCUUGUUAGGAAAUUCCUUGAAUUUUAUAACGAUGCAUUGUAUCAGUUUAGUUUUCUUGGCUUGUAAAUCGCAUUUCGGGUUAGUUUCGCUGGUAGAAAAUGCAUAGUUAGUAAUAAUAUUCAGUAUUUGUUGUUUUUAGAAGACAUAGUUAUUAAAAAUUUUAUGAUUGCAUAGAAUCAGCCACGUGGUCUGAUGUUCAUUGAUCCGCCGUCUUCCGACUUCUUAAGUUAAUCAAUCAUAACUAUUCAAGGCUUAGACUACUUAGACUUUACCAUAAUAAUAAGUAUUACUUAGGGUGCUUCUACACGGUGCAUGUAGCUGGAGCAAGUACACAUGCGCAAGUGACCCGCUCGCAAGCAACAGAGCACUCGGGCGGGUCACUUGCUUUGGUAUAUGCUCGAGUCGCUAGACCCACAUGUUUUAAAAUGCAUACGACCUGCGCCUCAAUAUGCGCAAGCUACUUGCAUCGUGUAGAAGCACCCUUAGCUGAGUGCAUGUCGUUUACUUUUAAAUGAUGAUUAAAUAAUACAAUAACGUGCCUGUCCUUCUAUAAUACAUCGUCAUAGGUAUAAUUUUUCACAAGAACACAGUUAUUCUUGUUUUUUUUUUUUUAAGUUAGUAUGGGAAAGAUUUGUUUAUGACAUAAAUGUUUGCACAAUUUGCACAGUUGGAGCGACCCCCAGUGCGGCCUCCCAAUCCAUCGUCUUCCCACCUCGUAGCUUUGUUAGUAAUAACUGUUGGAUUAUAUUGGCUUUGCACAUAUUCGCGUAGUGAAAUACCGCCCUCGAGGCCUUUAAUCCACCGUCUUCCUAAGUUAGUUCUUGUUUUAAGAUGUGCACUUUUCAAACACCUCAUAUGAAUAGUUACAGUAUGGAAGUGUUGGUAGCAUUUUCUAUCAUCUGCUUGGGUGCAUUCAUAAGAUGGAAUAGAAUUAAGAGCACUGCAAACUUUUAGUCAGCCGAUAGUUCCAUCGGUCUUUAUGUUUGUCGGAGGACCUCGGUUAAGGCCUCCUAAUCCAUCGUCUUCUGAACCUAUAGUUUGUCAUAUAUCUACAGAUAAGUUUUUACAAAUCCUAGUACAGAUGUAAAUACUAUGUGUUUAUGGUUUAAGUUUAAUAUUUAACGGUUAAUGAAAUAUCAGUAGAGCUUAUAAAUAGCUUGUAGAAGGAUAAAUAAUACUAUGCAUAAUAACGGAUAUCUACUGUUUUUAGGAGUGCGCAGAUUUUGUUUCCUUUUCGUUCGAUAGUGAUGGGAUAGGUUUUUUUUGUUUUGUUUAUGCUCAGUUUGCACAAUUUGAGAGACCGAAUUCGGGUUUUAUGUAUUCACUUUCAACUUUAAUACUUUUUGGAGAUAUUUUAGUACUCUUUGCUUUUCUAUCAGAUUAUUAUACAUACACAAUGAAAACUAUAUAAAAACACUAUAUUCGGCCAAUAAUGUUGGUUCUCACAAUGAAGUAAAAUAUAAGAAGUGCGUCGGUACUCAGUUAAAAGAUCCUGACGUCUUCAUGAUUUCGAAGUAUCAUUACUAUCUCUUAUAUAAGCGGCAAUAUCGUUUUAGGUUCCUGCGAGGAUUAAUAUAGAUAAGAUAGUAUAAUUAUUUAUAAUAUUAAUAAUAGGCAUUUUACAUCACAAUGAACCACUACAUAUUUGAAAUAAAAAAAAACAGUUGAAAAUGCAGAUUAAUUCAAUACUAAUAGGAUAACAUUAGAUUUUAAGAUACAUUCAAAUAGACUGUGACAUUUACUGAAUAUUUGCUUCUGGGAACAUUGCACCUGAUCCGUAACUAUGUAGCUAUAUAUCAGUUCAUAAAAGAUCUUAUUCUCGGAACGUAUUUUCAAUAGCAGUCACAUUUUAUGGAUGAACCGUAUUCAAAGUAGAUGUGCUAGAAUUCGGAACAGGCAUAAAGCUCUUUUACACGUUCCUAGUGAUACAUGUCAGACAGGGGUAAUAUUUUUUAGUACUUCAAAGGACAUGGCCCGGGGAACACGAGUUCUUUCGUGUUUUGUUACCAUCCUUAUGGUUUUUUAGUUAUAAACGCCUAUUGGCUGUUGAGAUACGACUGAGUACUAAAAACAUUAUCUGAGCUGGCGUUCUGUUGACCACAAGACAAUUGACGAUCUUACAUUUAAAAAUCGUAACUGCUUUCAUGCAGUCGUCAUUCGUCAGACGCGAAAUACGUCAAUAGUCGACUGUGUACCUAUCAUCUAGCUGGGUAUGUAUAAAUUCGCUUUCACAAGGCUUUCUAAAUACUACCAAUAUUAUAAACGAGCAAAAUUUUUAUAAUGUUUGUUAAUUUUUGUAAGUACCGAAUUGACUUUGAUGAAACUUGGCAGUAAUAUAGCUUAUAUAUCAGAAUUGAUAUGUGCUACUCUUUAUCCGUGUGCAGGAAAUAGUUCCCUUAAGAAGCGGUUAAAACCGCUUACUAAUCUAUAAAAUUUAUAUAGUCCAGCACUCUAUGAUUUAUCAUUUGGAAUUCAUAAGAGAAAAUGGACGAUACGAAGUUUUAAAUGUCAAAGUUUCAUAAAACUAAAUCAAUUAAACAAAAGAUCUGAACUUCAGUUUGAGAAGUAAUACUUGUUAAUAGAUUAAGUUAGAUUUGCAUCACAUUUUAGUAUUAGUAAGUAUAGACAAUCAGUCAAGUAGGAAUAGUAUUUAAUUAUUAUAGAAUCGAUAAGAAAAUGACACUUAGACCGUCCAUACUUUACAUUCCACUAGGUUUAGACGAAAAUUGCACAAAUAUGAGCUUAAUUAGAAACUAAUACUAAUUUAUAAGGUUUAAUACUAUAGAAGUCUUAUUAAGAUAAAACAGCACACAUUGAAUCACAGGCAUAGAAAUUAUAGAUUAUAAGUAAAUUAUAAAAAGGAAAAUAUUAAUAGAUUAAGAAUUACGAUAACUAUAUUUAUAAUUCUGGAGUAACUCCUGCGGCAAACAUGCACUUAAAUAAUAUAAGUAUUAUUAAAUUAAGUUUAAUGUUAAUUACAAUGUUUGCAUAUUCCCACACCGACUGUACUAGAAAUUAUAUAAGAGAUUUAUUUUCUUAUACCAACACUAGCUUCCGCCAGCGGCUUCGCCCGCGUGGUGUGUUGAUAAAAAGUAGCCUAUGUUUUAAUCCAGGGUAUCACCUAUCUACAUACCAAAUUUUAAUAAAAUCGGUCCAGCCGUUUUUGCGUGAUUGAAUAACAAACAUACAUCCAUACAUUCUCACAAACUUUCACAUUUAUAAUAUAAGUAGGAUUAAGAAGCUUGUACGUAUAACUGGAGACCGAUACAGUACUUUGUGAAAGUUUAUAAUUAUGCAUUUGAUGUUUAUCUACACACAUUCAGUAGUAUUUAUUUAGACAUAGCGGAUUUGUCCAUUAAUUUGAAAAAGAUAGAACGAUUAACUUAAAUGAUAUAGUCGAAGUAAUGAUAGUAACUCAUUAUAUUCAAAUUGUUUUCUAGCGAAGCCAUCAGUGACUUGUAUAGGCUUGACAACCAUAUCACAAAUAUAACAUCACGAUGCAACGAAGUGCACUAGAAAAGUGCCAAACAUCAUCCCAUGGCAAAAACUUCUCAGAACACUUUAUUAUGCAGUAACCCAAUCAUUUGGAACUCGGAAAAACGUACACAGAAUUAAUAAUUCGCGUAAUAUUUGAUAGCAAAUAUGAUAAAAUAAUUUCGACUGAACGAUAUUUAAUGAAAUCAUUCUAAGUAAAAAAUGUACAGAAAAACUCCAUACAGUUUUUUGGAUAAAACGUGCAAUUAAAUUAAAAUUUGUAAAAUGAUUUUAGUGAAUAUUUUUCCAUCGAAAAUAUUCUUUUGUUUUUGAUAAUUUUAUGUAUAUUCCGGUUCAUCUGUUUUUACCAUUGUUUUCACAGAAUUUUGGGACUUAUACCGUGAGGCCAAAAUGGAAAAACAUUUACACUUUAUACAAAAUGUAUUUUAUCAAUUGUCCGUAUUAAUAGUUGUAGUUUUUGUAUCACGUUUGAAAGUAUCUAGCAGAUACGUAGUGACAAAUAUUUUUACACAUUUUGAAAUCUUACAAUUAAUUUAAGCUAGAGUUUAGAAAGUAAUUUAUGAUAUAGAUCUGUAUAUAAAUGGAGCCCUCAGGAAUUCCGUCCAAUAAAUAGAAUAAUUUAGUCAGUAAGUAGGUAAGUUACAUUUUGAAAAUAUAUGUAUAUUUGUUAUGUACUUCACAAGCGUUAGAGAGAUUUGCACCUAAUUAUAAGAGUCAUUAUAUAGAAUGAUUUUCAACAUAUAUUAACGUUUCUACAAUUACGAUAAGAUGUACUCAAUAACACAAGGUAGGCAUUUAGAAAGAACUCGUUCUUUAAGUGAACCUUUAUGUUGUUGUAACAAAAAAGUUAAAAUAGACGUUUGACGCGUGUUGUCACAACUUAUGUCAAACGUCAGUUUAACUCGUUUGCAAUAUCACUUAACAUUGUUUUUACUUUAUAGGCACUGUAAACGAAUAUCAUGUUAUACCCACUCUUAUAGGUAACUAUUGCAAUUGUUUUACAAUUAUUACAUUUUGCACACUAUAAUUUAGCUGUAGAUUCUAGAUUUAUAUAUUAUAUUCCCACUUUAUUAUUCAUGACUUUAAAGCUUAAAGGAUUACAAUGAAAAUAUUGUGAAAUCUGGUCCUGUCAAAUUGUGACGGCAGCGGCGCCACUAAGAAUAAUAUUCUAGUGUUCAAUGUAAAUUAAAAUAUAACUCAAUUCGGGAAUAAAUGUUUCAAAACA